UGUCCUGUCUAUGGCUACCGCGGACGCUCUCUGGCACAGCGGCCCGAAGCUAGCGGCUUAUUCAUUUAGCUAAUGUGCAUUAUUAUUUAUUAAAACUCACCCGAGGAUAUUUUUGACCUGCGCUGUGUUUGUUGUUGUUCGGAAAAGGGCGAGGACACGCAAAUAUACCGAGCUGGUCCCACGGUGAGAGAAGUCCAAAUAUAUUCUUAGUUAUUAGUUUCCACACAGGACGCCUCAGCAAUGUCGUUUAUAUUUGACUGGAUCUACAAAGGCUUUAGCGGCGUGCUACAGUUUCUCGGUCUGUACAAGAAAUCUGGGAAGCUAGUGUUCCUGGGCUUGGACAAUGCCGGAAAAACGACUUUACUCCACAUGCUGAAAGACGACAGACUGGGACAACAUGUGCCUACACUACAUCCUACCUCAGAAGAGCUGACAAUUGCUGGAAUGACUUUCACCACGUUCGAUCUUGGUGGACAUUUACAAGCCAGGAGAGUAUGGAAGAACUACCUCCCAGCUGUGAAUGGGAUCGUCUUUCUCGUCGAUUGUGCAGAUUAUCAGCGUCUUCUUGAGUCCAAGAUUGAGCUCGAUGCGUUGCUGUCAGAUGAGACCAUAUCGAACGUGCCGGUCUUGGUGUUGGGGAAUAAAAUCGAUCGACCGGAAGCAGUGAGUGAAGACAAGCUACGGGAGCUCUUUGCUCUUAAUGGACAGACCACUGGGAAGGGAAUCGUGUCGUUGAAGGAGCUGAAUGCACGGCCAUUAGAAGUCUUCAUGUGCAGUGUGCUAAAGAAACAGGGCUACGGAGAAGGGUUCCGGUGGCUCUCGCAGUACAUUGAUUGAGUUAACGGAGGUUUCUGCUCAAAAGGACUCCUACCUCUGAGUGAUGAACGUUAAAAAGAGAGAGACUGAGACUGUGAUAAAGGACUAAGGAAGAACAUGGUGUAUUAGCAUGAGAAAUAGUUUUUAAAAACUAACAAACACACACACACACACAACAUUCCGGUCACCUGGAACAUUCCACCCAAAUUAUGAUUUUAAGUUAUGUUGUCUGAAGACAUUUACAGUAUUAAAGUAUUUAACAGACAUUGUGGGCCUGAUAGCUAUUCAUGUCACAUACAUACACACAGAAUUAGGCUGUAUAUAAGCAUAAAGACGGCACUGCUACUACAUAUUACACAGAUGAACCUCAUCCCUGAACUAUUAAAAUGACGAAAUACAAAUUACAGCAUCUCAAGUACACCCACUGGUUCUGUAUUUCAUAAGUAACAUUAAUACAUGAACAUAUUUUGUAUUAAACAUUAUAAUUUCUGCUCCA